AUGGCUGGAUACUUCUGCGACAGUAUACCAAAGAUAGCACAGUUCGCUGGAGUCAGGGAGCUGAGACCAGACUCUCCUCAACCCAGUUGUGUAUCCAUGAAGAGUGACCGCUCUAUGUUUGAACCUUAUGACUUCAGAGAUGAACAGCACUCUUUUGAAGAAAGAGUUCAGCAGCAAACAUCAAGUCAGUCUGUCCAGCAGCUGGAGUCAAUAUUUAUGCAUCUUGAGGAGAACAUUGUCACUUUUGUGAAGAAUGAGCUGAAAAACAUCCAGAAGGUUCUUAGUCCAGAUUACCCAAAAUGCUUAGAGAGGCAGAGUGAGGAUAAUGAUAAUGAGGCGGUAGGUGAGGAUGAAGAGCAGAGGAGGAGUAGCAGAGGGCAAGCAUUCUUAAGAUCACACUGCACUAUCCUGAGGAGAAUGAAGCAGGAGGAGCUGGCUGACCGUCUGCAGAGCAGAACUCCUGCUGCAGUUUGUCAGCGUGAACUUAAAUCUAACCUGAAGAAGAAGUUUCAGUGUGUGUUUGAGGGGAUUGCUAAAGCAGGAAACCCAACCCUUCUGAACCAGAUCUACACAGAGCUCUACAUCACAGAGGGAGGGACUGCAGAGGUCAAUGAUGACAUGAGGUCAGACAGAUUGAAACAGCAUUCCUGGAAACCAGACAGACCGAACAACAAUCAAAUGUGAAGACAUCUUUAAACCCUCACCUGGAAGAGAUCACCAAUC